CGGCGGGGGGGCGGUGCGGCGCGGCGCGGCGCUGCGCGGAGCGGGGGCGCCAUGCCGAUGUACAAGGUGAAGCCGCUGCACGGGGCGCCGGGCGCGCUGCGGGCCGAGCAGCUGCCGAGCUGCAUGUACCGCCUGCCCUGCCUGCACCGCGCCGCGCCGCCCGCGCAGGAAGAGGUUGACCCAUCGCUACAAGCGCUUGAGUCCCGCCAGGAGGAGAUUCUCAAACGCUUAUAUGAGCUGAAGAGUGCCGUCGAUGGUCUCUCAAAGAUGAUACAAACUCCUGAUGCUGACUUUGAUGUAACUAACGUAAUUCAAACUGAUGAAUGUUCUACUUUGACAACAAAUGGAGCAGAUUUAGAUUUGAUGCUUGGAAAGGAUUAUGGUGCCCUGAAAGAUAUCGUAAUCAAUGCAAAUCCUUCUCUACCUCCAUUGUCAUUAUUAGUACUACACAGUCUGCUUUGUGAGCACUAUAAAAUAUUAUCAGCUGUUCACACACAUUCAUCAGUGAAAAGUGUGCCGGAAAGUCUCUUGAAAUGCUUUGGAGAGCCAACUAAGAAGCAGCCACGCCAUGAGUAUCAGUUGGGCUUUACUCUCAUCUGGAAGGAUGUUCCAAAGCCUCAGAUGAAGUUUAGCAUUCAAACAAUGUGCCCAAUUGAAGGAGAGGGGAACAUUGCUAGAUUUCUCUUUUCCCUUUUUGGCCAGAAGUACAAUGCAGUUACUUCAACUCUGAUUGACAGCUGGGUUGAUACCGCCAUCUUCCAGCUAAAAGAAGGGAGCAGUAAAGAGAGAGGAGCAGUCUUGCGAUCUAUGAAUGCUGCCCUGGGCAAGACACCGUGGUUGGUGGGAAAUGAACUCACUGUGGCAGACAUUGUCGCGUGGUGUGCACUUCAGCAGACAGGUAGUACAAAUGCUGCACCAGCCAACGUGCAAAAGUGGAUGAAGUCCUGUGAAAACUUGGCACCUUUCAGCUCUGUUAUUAAGUUACUGAAGUAAAGCUGUACUCUUCAUCAUGGUAUAAUUUUAAUCUUUUUCCACCUCAUGGCUAGUGUAGUGGUUUGAGUCCUUUCUGAGAUACUCAAUUUCUACAGUUGGACAGAACUCUAAAACCAAUAAAAGAUUACAGCGAC